AUGAAUCCUGCAGCUGAUCCUCGGCUCAUGAGGAGAAUUAUUGCAGAAGAUCCAGAAUGGAGUCUUGCUACUGUCCCACUCUUACGCGAAUUGUGUAUUAAACAUAUUGUUGGUAAUUUCAAAGAAAAUCCCAUCCUAGACGGAUUAAAUACUAAAGAUAGAGCCAAAGUUUUACAGUUACUGCCAACGGAUGUUCCGAUAAGUAUAUCGGCUGGUUUAAUUGAAGAUGAGGGCUACUGGAAACGAUGUUGCCAAGCCAGAUGGCAGAUAUGUGAUGUUUCCAAACAUGGAGGAGAUUGGAAGAGAAUGUUUUUCGAAAGAAAUUUAGAAGAUCUCAUUGAACAUUUCGUUCCUGAUUCUACCGAUCCAUCCAUGUUAUAUGAUGUUAUGAAAUUAUCAGCAAACUUUAUCAGAUGCUUGAAUAUAAAGCAGCUAUUACCACCAGUGAAAAGUGGUUCCAAAUUUGAAGAUAUUUCCGAUACAAACAGUGAUGCUGGUGAAAGUCCCGAUGUCGAUCAUUUCGAUUUUAAUGAAAUUAUUAGUAGACUGACAAAUCUCCAAGAGCUUCAUGUAACAUAUGGUGUGCGAGACUGUGGAAUGAAUUUUGAAUGGAAUCUCUUCAAAUUUACGCCCAAAGACUGUUCUCUGUUAGCUAAAGCAGUCAAAAACUGUCGUACCCUGAAAGUACUGCGUUUACAUAGAAGUGGUGUUACCGAUGAAUUAGUCAGAGUUCUAAUAAGCCAUUUACUGGAUCAUCCUGCAUUGAUCGCACUCGAUCUAUCUUAUAAUAAAAUAAGUGAUAGUGGUGCCAGAGCAAUUGGAAAAUUUUUAAACGGUCAUAGUAAGCUUAUUCAUCUUAACUUAUGCGGUAAUCAAAUUCACGGACCGGGAGCUUCUGCAAUUAGCCACGCAUUACAAAAGAAUGCAACUUUAAGAACUCUAAAUAUCCGAGUUAACAGAUUAAGUGAUGAGGGAGGUCAGGCAUUGUGCAAAGCAUUAAUGAAAAACAAAAUUCUUUCCCUUAUGGAUAUCGGAGCAAAUGAUUUAACAGAACCGACAGCAAUGGCUUUAGCCAAGGUUAUUCUCCAUAAUAAAGUAAUUACGUCCAUAAAUCUGUCUUGCAACAAACUCGGACCGGAUGGGGGAAAAGCACUGCAAGAGAGCAUGGAAGAAAAUCAUAGAAUUAUCAAUAUGGAUUUAAGAUUGACUGAAGUCGGCCAGGAAAGCGAAUACUGCAUCAAUCAGGUCUUAAAGCGUAAUAAAGAAAACCUUAUACAUAGAUUUCAUUAA